GAUUUUGUCCUAAUAAUCGUUCAAAUGAACAAGGAAAAAUUGAUUCUAAUUGUCCGGCUAUUAAUUUUAAUGGACUUUCAAACAAACAGAGAACAAAAUUAAAUGUGAAAUUUUCUAAAGGUGUAAUAGUAUUUACUGAAAAUGAUAUUAUGGAUUCUGGUACAAUAUAUACUGAAUCAUGCGCAACAAAAUUACGAAGACAUUUAUAUAAAAUUAACCUUUGUGAUAUUGGAUCAUGUGAUGAUUUAAUUAGGUGGAUUGUUAAAUAUAAUAUUAAUUCUUUUACAGUAGGAGGAUCUCGAAGAAGCUUUUCGGAAAAUAUUGUUAGUUUAACAGAAAAAUUUAUGAACUGUUUUAUUCCAAAGAUACAUAAUUCACUUAAAUAUAAUCAUGAAUUUAUAAAACAAAAACCAAUUUCUACCUUUUAUGUACUUGGUCCACCUAGUUCUUUCUCACAUAAAUUAGCUCAAGAAAUAUGUGAAACAUUGAAUAUUG